UAUAUAUGAAUACUGAAAAUAACUAUGUCUGAUUGGAUAAUAAGAAAUGAUAAAUAUUAUCAAACAUUUUUUUUUAUUUUUUUUUUCAGAAAAGAUAUACAUGUCAAAUAUGCAUGGAUAUGCAUUUCACAACCAAGGGUAAAUGCAAAGCACAUAUCAUUGAACAGCAUAGUAAAGUGAACUAUAAAUGUGUAAAAUGUGCCAAGGUGUUCCUUAGAAAUACUCCAUCUAAUUUCUGUCAUACAAGUAGAAAUGACUUUACCAGAUUUCAUACUGUCACGGGCCAGAGAGGCAAAGAGGCAGAAGAAGCCUUACAGGAAUUCAUUAAAAACAUUGAUCAAAUGAUUAUUGAUAAUACAAACAGAUAUUAUGCACCAACACAAAGACAUAACACAUUGCCUAGAUUACCAUACUCGGGUAAAAGAAGUUCUCAAGAUAUAAAUGUAUACCAAAAACAAGCCUCACCACCAAAAAGACUUUGUGUUAGAGAACGGUCACUUUCGUCAACCGACACAUCUAGAUCAUCUAGUAGUAGCAGCAACAGCAGUAGUAGCAGCAACAGCAGUAGUAGCAGCAACAGCAGUAGUAGCAGUAGUAAUGACAUUGAAAUUGACAAACUAGAGGAAAGUGUAGUAGAGGUAAAUAUUAUGAGUGACAAUAGACAACAGGAAAGAGAAUUUUUAAGAAGGAGGUUAGCAGAGGAAAAGAAAAAGAUAGAAGCUGAAGAUAAAAGAAAAGAAGAAGAAAGGAAAGAAAGAUUGAGAAUCGAGUCGGAUGUAAGAGAAACAGAGAGAAGAAUAUAUAUUAAAUUAAAGAAGCAAGAGGAGGAAGAUAGACAGAAGAAAGAGAAGGAAGAUAGACAGAAGAAAAUGGAGGAAGAUAGAAAGAAGAAAGAGAAGGAAGAUAGAAAGAAGAAAGAGGAAGAAGAUAGAAAGAAGAAAGAGGAAGACAGACAGAAGAAAAUGGAGGAAGAUAGACAGAAGAAAAUGGAGGAAGAUAGACAAAAGAAAAUGGAGGAAGAUAGACAGAAGAAAGAGGAGGAAGAUAGACAGAAGAAAAUGGAGGAAGACAGACAGAAGAAAAUGGAGGAAGAUAGAAAGAAAAAAGAGGAAGAAGAUAGAAGAAAGCAAGAGGAAGAAGAUAGAAAGAAGCAAGAGGAGGAAGAUAGAAAGAAGGAAGAUGAAGAGAAUAGAAAGAAGAAAGAGGAUAGAAAGGAAGAAGGAAAUAGAAAGAAAGAGGAAGAUAGAAAAAUAGAUGAAGAAAAUAUACAGAAGAAAGUAGAAGAUAGAAAGAAUAUAAAUGAGAAAAAUAGAAAGGAGGAAGAACAUGGAGAAAAAGAUGAAGAGAAUCAAAAUGAAGAUGAUAGAAGGAAGGAGGAAAAUGAUAAGAAAUAUAAAAAAGAGAAUGAACAUAGUGAAGGAAAAUAUAAAAAGGAACAUGAGGAGAAAAAUAUAAAAAAGAAAGACGAUGUGAGCAAAAAUAAACUUAAAGAAAGAAUUAAACAAAUUAAAAAGGACAAUGAAAAUAAAAUUAUCUUGAACAUAGGAGGAAAACAAUUUUAUACAUGUAGAAAUACAUUAAGAAGCACGGAUGGACUUUUGAAAUGUCUUGCCGAUGAGAAAGAAUCUGAAUUUUUUAUAGAUAGGGACUAUAACAUAUUCUUUAUCAUAUUAAAUUAUCUUAGAUACUGUAGAGAGAAUGAAACUCUGAAAAAGAGCAACUUACCAAAUACAUCAGUAGAGCUAAGACAACUGAUUAUUGAAGCCAAAUAUUAUUUAUUACCAAAACUUGAAAAAUUAGCGCGAGAGAAAUUAGGUGAACUGUGAAUGAGUUAUUAUGAGAAAAUGAUAUGUAAGAGGAGAACCAGUCUCAGUCUUGAUAAUGAAGAAGAAUUCCAGGAACAGAUGAAGAAAAGAAAAUUUUUAUGUACAAUUAAUAAUUAUUGAAUAAUAUUUUAUGU